AUGGCUCCCCAACAGUAUCUUACAGAUGACGAAAUAAAGCAAUUCAUUGACGACUUGGAUCACGAUAAUAAUGGCAGCGUUGAUUAUUGGGAGUUGGAGAAGAAGCUAGAUGAGGUGCACAAGGAGAUUCAGCCCAGAGCACAACCGCACAAUCUCCACCACGUCUCACGAAGCGACGAACAACGACAUGACUUCUUGAGAAGUGUCAUCGGGACGCGCGAGGACCACAUCAAGCGCGAUGACUUCGCAAAGUGUGUGAAGAGAUGGGAGAUCCCAUCACUGGAGCAAGAUCGGAAAGAAGCAAAGGAGGAGGAUGAUUACCUCAAGCAAAUGUCUUUUUACAGGCGAGCACGUGCGUACUGGGCGGUCAAAGGACCAGAGAUUGCUUUCCUCGCGCUUGUGCUGGGAUUUAUGAUUGCAUUUGGGGUUUGGCAAUUCGUCAAGUACCUCACGUCCGAUCUAUACACGCCUGCAUUCGGAUGGGGUGCCGUGCUGUCAAAGACAUGCGCUGGUGUACUCUAUCCGACAUUCUUCUUCCUCAUCAUCUCCAUGUCCAGGUGGCUGUCGACAUUCCUUCGCCGUUUCUACUUCGUUUCACGAUUUAUCAACUGGGAUCUGUCCCAGUCAUUCCAUAUCAAGAUGUCUGUCAUUGCAUUGGUCUUUGCGACAAUUCACGCCAUCGGUCACUUGGGUGGCUCAUUCGUCUUUGGAAGCCAGAGAGGUAGACAGCAAGCGCUUGCCAUUGUUGUUGGACAGGAUGGGGUUCCCCGCUCGUACGGCGACUACCCUUUUCUACUUACUCGCGCUCAUGAGCAUGCCGAAGAUACGGAAGUGGAGCUAUGA